UGAAAACACCUGUGAUAAUAAACAAUACUUGACAAUAACAAAUUUGUUUUCUAAAUAAAAAUUUAAGAUUUAAUUCAAAAAUUUUUAAAUGAAAAGUGAAACGAUGAUUUUUUUGUUGGUGUUAGUGAUUCCGGUCAGUUGUACUAGUCAAAGUGAAAAUAACCGAGAGACCCAUUUAUCCAACACAAUCUACAACAUUUCCACAAAUCGAACGGGAAAGUUUCUUUUUAACGACCUCUUCAAUUUAGCAUCAACUUUAACGGGCGCUGCACCGUCGAUUGAUGACGAAGAAGAUUACAGCGAAGAUGAUGGUUUUAAAGGAAAAAAUUGCAGUUGCGAAUGUGGUUUUUCAAAUCAAGAAAAUAGAAUCGUUGGUGGUCGUCCGACCGGUGUAAACAAGUACCCUUGGAUAGCCAGGUUGAUGUACCAGGGUCAUUACCACUGCGGAGCCUCGUUAUUGAGUGAAGAUUACGUUCUGACUGCCGCGCAUUGCGUUAGAAAAUUAAAACGAAGUCAGAUAAAAAUCGUUUUGGGGGAUCACGAUUUAACGACGACAAACGAAACGAUGGCUAAAAUGCGAUCGGUUGCCGCUAUAAUAAAACAUCGAAAUUUCGAUUCGAACUCUUACAAUCACGAUAUAGCGUUGUUAAAGUUACGAAAAUCGGUUGUUUUUACGAAAAAUAUUAAACCGAUUUGUUUGCCAGGAAAUCUAAAUGAUCCCUCGGGUAAAACGGGAACUGUUAUAGGUUGGGGUCGAACCGCAGAAGGUGGCGGAUUACCCUCGGUUGUUCAAGAAGUCCAAGUUCCGAUUUUAACGCAACAACAAUGUCGAGCAAUGAAGUAUAGAUCAUCAAGAAUUACGAAUUACAUGUUAUGCGCGGGUCGGGGAUCCCACGAUUCUUGCCAAGGAGAUUCGGGUGGGCCUUUAAUCAUCAAUAAUGGGGAAAGAUAUGAAAUUGCUGGUAUUGUUUCAUGGGGUGUCGGUUGUGGUAGACCUGGUUACCCGGGAGUUUACACCAGGGUUGGCAAAUAUAUAAAUUGGUUAAAAUAUAAUUUAGAAGAUAGUUGUUUGUGUUCAUAAUUAAAAAAAAU